AUGCGGCCGAACGCCCCUUUAAAGCAACACACGACACACGGUGCAAUACACAGCCAAUCUUGAUGAUAUGGCAUGUAUUUACAGUCUAUGGUUGAUAAAGGAUGCAAGGACGCACGCAGGUAGGCUACACACGAAGGCAGGUACAAGUACGCGCGCUCUCUCUCGUUCGCUCGCUCACUCACUACACAUACACACACGCAAUAAGGGGUUAAAUGUGUGGGUUGAAUGGUAUUCCACUGUCUUAUUUUGCGGGGCAAUCUGUGAUGAUCUCCACCUCAUAAUAGACAAUAUAUGAUUUAUGACAGUAAGAAUAACUAAUUUGCAGUAGGCAGCUAACCAAUAUUUUCUAGAUAACAGCUAAUAAAGUUAAGAUAUCAAUCUACCACUAUCUCCAUUGUAGUCAAUGUGAAAAAGAGGCUUUCACGUCCCGCAUCAAAAUAAAUUAGUAGUAGGCCUAACACAAUUUCAUGUAAGCAUGUAUAGAAUUUUGAGUUUGCGUUUUCAAUGGCACAUCACCAGAUGCCUCUGGCUUUCCGUCGUUGAUGUCAGACAUAAUGGGGAGGGAGGGCUCUUUGGGGAGGGUAUCUUGAUGAUAGUGAGGUACAGUGGCGAUGUUAGCAUGUAAAUCUUGGUGGGGCAAAUUAAAAAAUAUAUUUUUAGAUGCAUGCCAGCAAAGCCACUACACACGACAACACAACACAACACAACACUAAACAAUACAUUAAUUGAACUAUAAUGGUGGCAAACGGUGCCCACAAACUGUUAGGGCCCACAUAAAGCUGUCCGAACAGCAGAGCUUUCUUUUCAGCACCAUGGAGUGAAUCCUUACCACUGCUACAUCUGGCUAUCAGCAGAGCUUUGUCUGGCAGCGAAAUAGUUAAUGCAGCCUCAUUUACUGCCUUUAAAAAAAACAUAGCUGAUAUGGCUGACUUUCCUAAACAAAUGUGGUUUCUACUGACAAUUGAGAUGUACAAACUAUGGCAUAAGGGGACGAUGAGCGGAUUAAAGGCAAUCCGUAAUUUCAAUAAAGACAUUAAUGAGCGAGCUAGGACAGACGUAGUCAAUAUAACUAUUUGUUCAGCACUUUUGGAAUGUACAGUGACAGAAUUCAGAACAUGGGCCGUUCUUACAGUAUUCUCCCUGUACACCAAGUCAGAACCGUAGAAUAAAUAAAGGGGGCAUAUAAGCAGACAAAGAAAGCUCUUACAAUAUUAGAUGAUUACAUUUCUCUAAAACAGUCUAUAGGCUACAUGUGCACCACCAAGUCAGAACAGUAGGCUAAGUUAAGAGGGGCAAAGGGACCACAUUAUUAGGGUGAGGCACAUGGGCUACUAACAGCUUACUAUACAACAUACACUUAGUAUUACUUCCUUAGCUACAGUAUACAUAUCUCCCUGGCAUAUUACAUAAUUUAUGCAGCAGCAUACAAUACAUUUUUGGACUCACCUUGUUGUGCUGUGCUCACUUAAACAGGAAGGUGGCGCGGCGGUCCUUGUGGGCAAAUUUUGUCAUCAAACUUUGUCAUCAAAGUCUGGCGUUCCCUGGAUUUAUGGUGCUUUCAAGACAACUGGGAACUCAAAAAUUAUGACGUCAGUGAUCUUCAGGUCGGAGCUCUAGAAAGAGGCCCGAGUUCCCGACUUGGAAUUUCAAAAAGUAUUUUCCCAGUCGGAGCUCGUUUUUUUCAGAGUUCCCAGUUGUCUUGAACUCACUGAAGUCUGAGAUUUCCCAGUUCCGAGUUUUUAGUUGUUUUGAACGCAUCAGAUUAACAGCAGGCCAAUGUAUUUAACCUUUUCUGGCCCAUGGCAUGUGAAUGUUUAUGCUUUUAAGCUUGGAAAAGAGACCCUUAAACCCAGACUUGGACCACACACCCACUCCACUGAAUAACAAACUAGUGAUUGCUUUGCAAGGCUUGCAGUUAGCCACUGAUUCCUUCCAAACCACUCAUUGUUGAAUUUGCGAUUUCCAACUUGUUGUGUAAUGUUUAUGUCCAAUGGCCGAUGAGCACCGAUACAUUUUAUCUAUAAUUUCUCUUCAUAUGACAAGGAUUGAAAAAGAUUUGCCAGUAGAUGUCGAUGUGAUUCAUGAUGAUGACUGCUUGUCUAGCUUGCUAGCUAAGAUUUUGAAAGUAUGAUGUUGACAUGAUCAGUCCAAUAAAAGCGACGGUAGAUAUAAUGUGAUUUGACGUCAUUUUAUCUGUGGCCAAUGACCUUGAGCCUUCUUGUAUGGGGACUUCUAAUGUAACUCUAUGGCAGCACCCAAGGGGCUAAAGUUUUCGAGCUCUCCCCAUAGAUUUUGCGGUGACGUAGUGUCCCCAUGAGUGACAGAACACUGAGCCAAUCACGGCACAACUAGAGAACAUUACCAAUCCUAAUCUCCGUAUUUUCCGCUGGCUGCCCCACCGCCACAGAAAGCACUGAGCUAGGCUGAAACACCUGCAUUUUGGAGCUGCCUUACUCAAGAAAGCAAAAAAAGAGGCCAUGUUUGUAUGCGGCUUUAUUAACUAAAUGAUUUGUAUUAAUUUUUUACAUUGUUUGCAAACUGAUAUAUGACACGUAUUAAUGGGCUCCCGAGUGGCGCAGCGGUCUAAGGCACUGCAUCUCAGUGCUUGAGGCGUCACUACAGACCCCCUGGUUUGAUUCCAGGUUGUAUCACAACCGGCCGUGAUUGGGAGUCCCAUAGGGCGGCGCACAAUUGGCCCAGCGUCGUCCAGGUUUGGCCGUUGUAGGCCGUCAUUGUAAAUAAGAAUUUGUUCUUAACUGACUUGCCUAGUUAAAUAAAGGUAAAAUAAAAUAAAAAUGCCAAAAUAACAUGCAAAACAGGCAACAACAACAACAAAAAAUAUAUAUACAGUACCAGUCAAAGGUUUGGAUACACCUACUCAUUCCAGGAUUUUUCUUAAUUUCUACUAUUUUCUACAUUGUAGAAUAAUAGUGAAGACAUCAAAACUAUGAAAUAACACAUAUGGAAUCAUGUAGAAACCAAAACAAGUGUUAAACAAAUCAAAAUAUAUUUUAUAUUUGAGAUUCUUCAAAGUAGCCACCCUUUGCCUUGAUGACAGCUUUGCACACUAUUGGCAUUCUCUCAACCAGCUUCAUGAGGAAUGCUUUUCCAACAGUCUUGAAGGAGUUCCCACAUAUGCUGAGCACUUGUUGGCUGCUUUUCCUUCACUCUGCGGUCCGACUCAUCCCAAACCAUCUCAAUUGGGUUGAGGUCAGGUGAUUGUGGAGACCAGGUCAUCUGAUGCAGCACUCCAUCACUCUCCUUUUUGGUCAAAUAGUCACCUGGAAUGCAUUUUAAUUAUCAGGUGUGCCUUGUUAAAUGUUCAUUUGUGUAAUUUCUUUCCUUAAUGUAUUUGAGCCAAUCAGUUGUGUUGUGACAAGGUAGGGGUGGUAUACAGAAGAUAGCACUAUUUGGUAAAAGACCAAGUCCAUAUUAUGGCAAGAACAGCUCAAAUAAGCAAAGAGAAACUACAGUCCAUCAUUACUUUAAGACAUGAACGUCAGUCAAUCCGGAAAAUGUCAAUAACUUUGAAAGUUUCUUCAAGUGCAGUCGCAAAAACCAUCAAGCGCUAUGAUGAAACUGGCUCUCAUGAGGACCCCACAGGAAAGAAAGACCCAGAGUUACCUCUGCUGCAGAGGAUAAGUUCAUUAGAGUUAACUGCACCUCAGAUUGCAGCCCAAAUAAAUGCUUCACAGAGUUCAAGUAACAGACACAUCUCAACAUCAACUUUUCAGAGGAGACUGUGUGAAUCAGGCCUUCAUGGUCGAAUUGCUGCAAAGAAUCCACUACUAAAGGGCACCAAUAAGAAGAAGAGACUUGUUUGGGAUAAGAAACAUGAGCAAUGGACAUUAGACCGGUGGAAAUCUGUCCUUUGGUCUGAUGAGUCCAAAUGUGAGAUUUUUGGUUCCAACCGCCGUGUCUUUGUGAGACGCAGAUUAGGUGAACGGAUUAUAUCUGCAUGUGUGGUUCCCACCGUGAAGCAUGGAGGAGGAGGUUUGAUGGUGUGGGGGUGCUUUGCUGGUGACAAUGUCAGUGAUUUAUUUAGAAUUCAAGGCACACUUAACCAGCAUGGCUACCACAGCAUUCUGCAGCGAUACGCCAUCAUCUGGUUUGCACUUAUUGGGACUAACAUUUGUUUUUCAACAGGACAAUGACCCAACACACCUCCAGGCUGUGUAAGGGCUAUUUGACCAAGAAGGAGAGUGAUGGAGUGCUGCAUCAGAUGACCUGGCCUCCACAAUCACCCGACCUCAACCCAAUUGAGAUGGUUUGGGAUGAGUUGGACCGCAGAGUGAAGGAAAAACAGCCAACAAGUGCUCAUCCUAUGUAGGAACUCCUUCAAGACUGUUGGAAAAGCAUUCCUCAUGAAGCUGGUUGAGAGAAUGCCAGGAGUGUACAAAGCUGUCAUCAAGGCAAAGGGUGGCUACUUUGAAGAAUCUCAAAUCUCAAAUAUAAUUUGAUUUGUUUAACACUUUUUUGGUUACUACAUGAUUCCAUAUGUGUUAUUUCAUAGUUUUGAUGUCUUCACUAUUAUUCUGCAAUGUAGAAAAUAGUAAAAAUAAAGAAAAACCCUUGGAAGAGUAGGUGUGUCCAAACUUUUGACUGGUACUGUAUAUUAUUAUUAUUAUUAUUAUUAUUAUUAUUAUUAUUAUUAUUAAUAAUAUUAUUUUUAGCUAAACAGGUGGGGCUCAAUGCCUGAAUGAAGGGUCGCCACUGGUGAGGUAGCUAACGUUAGUAACAUUCCAGGAGUGGUAGUCGUCGCUUGAAUCAAAUUAUAGACAGAAAGAAGGAGCAAAGCCUAUCGGUGUUGCUGUCGUUUGAUGAAGUGGUUCUCCCAACUUAUAUAAAACUUUGGUAUGUGAGAUAUGUGGUGAGACCAUAUGUACAGAAGCCGCUGCAGUGUUACAACUGUAAAACAUUUGGACAUGUGGCAAGUGUUUGUCAAAGGAAUAAAUACAUUGCAUUUGAAAAGUCAGAUUAAGCAUGUUGUUGUAAUGGUGAUGGGAAUCACGUUCCCGAGUUCCCGGAGUGCCCUGUAAGGAUGGAGAUCGCAGUAGCUAGGUUCAGGGCCAUCCAGCAGAUCUCCUAUGUGGAGGCAGUGAAAAUAGCUGAAGGAGUGAGUAGAGAGGAGAUGGUAGUGGAUGUCCCAUAGUCUGCAGUGAAUGCCAUGCAGGAGAAGGAUCCCGACACAGUAAUAGUGAAGAAGGUGGACUUUGUUGCGUUUAUAGCGAUAAAUUGCACUAGUCAAACUAACAAAAACUGAAAGAAGCUAGACAUCAUUGUGAAGGCGGCAAAUAAAUGUUUGGAUCUCCAGGACUUUACAGCCAAAAUGUUACAGGGAGUAGGCCUACUGAAGGAGGUUCCCUCCUCCCAGGUUCCUGAGCCUGUGUAGUGAUCUGAAUAGACAUUUAAAUCUGACUGAAGGAGUAGUGUACAGUUUUUUGUUUUUGUUUGAAAUUCAGGGUAGUACAGUAGCGUGAAUUUCGUUAGUGUUUUUGUUUUUGGUAAUUAGUAUGAAUUUGUUCAUCCAAAACAUAUUUUGUUGUUGGUGUAUUUUUUUACUACCCCGUACAGUAGGUGGCAGCAAUACACCUUAUGAGUGUAGUCUGCCAAUAAACCUCAAAGAAGAAGAAGAAGAAGAAGAAGAAGAAGCUAAUGUUAGACAGUUAGCAUUUUCCUUAUCAGAUUUUCUGACCUCGUCGUUGUACAGUAGUAUAAACUGUGUCUCAUGAGUGCCUGUCUGAAUCGGAGAGUUUAAAGGGCUUUCUAUAUACAACCAGCUAGUUUGCUACCUAAAGUAAAAAGGGAUGUCAAAGCGGCUGCGGAACAGAGAGGUCUGCGCUGAUUGUAGCUCCCAGGGUAAGCUAAACGAUGGCUGGCUAGCCUUAUUAGGAAUUUAAGUAGCAUGAUAGCUAGUUUAUGUUAGCAAUUGUAUUUCAUGUAAUGGUAACCCAAGCUAUUUUAAUAUUUGCUUGCUUGAAUUUCACGUUCAAUGGGAUUCCCAUUCUGUUUGAUUGCUUGUAGUUCCAGCAAGGCAUAGCUUUGCUUGCAAGCUAAACUAGCUGCUAGUAUGACAAUGUCCAAGAAGAAUGGGGAAGUCAGCUAACAUUAGCUGUCUGUUGCUAGUUAGCAGCUGGUAGCUCUCAACUUUGUUAUUGUUGCUAGCUAGUUAGCUUAUGGCUAGCUAGACUUUACAAUAGUCUUUGUUUUGUCACUUUAGCUUGGGGUAUCUAGUUUGUAGCUAAGUAAACGUAUGACAUAAGUAGCUAGGGAGCUGGCUGAAAUCAUGAAAAAGAAUGCAUGCAGAAUGAUGUGUGCACUGGAUACGUGACUCUUUUAGUCUUCAUGGUUUGUGUGGACUCGGAGCCUUUGUGGUAAUAUUGAGUCUAAAGGUGUGUGUGUGUUCCAGGCCCGUGCUGGGCCUCAGUGAACAGGGGCGUGCUGAUCUGUGAUGAGUGUUGCAGCGUCCACCGGGGUCUGGGCCGACACAGUUCCCAAGUCCGACACCUGACCCAUACACAAUGGCCCCCCUCCCAGCUACAGGUGAGCACCUCACACAAACAGCUGUACUGACACUCAAGAACAGUCGACUUCUUCAAAUGUUGUUUUCCCUUACCAAUUGGUUGUAUUGUUUGCUUCCUUUGUAGAUGGUUCAGAAAUUGUACAGCAAUGGGGCCAACUCCAUCUGGGAGCACAGCCUUCUGGACCCCUCGUCUAUCACGAGUGGGAAACGCAAGGCCAACCCCCAGGACAGAGUCCAGUGAGUGGGCCACAUUUCAAACUUUUAGUUGAAGGUUAAACAAUAGAAAUUUAAACCAACGUGAUGACAAAUCUGAGCAUCUCAUCUCACCAUGAUUUAUCACUCUCACAGUGUGGGACUGUCUGUUGUUUUAAAGUGCCAUUGGGGUGAGGUUUGCCUGGACAGUCUGAGGUUUGUAAGUGUGAUUUUCUGUUCCCUUUACAGUCCCCAUAAAACUGAGUUCAUCAAGGCCAAAUAUCAGAUGCUGGCGUAUGUCCAUCGAAUGCCCUGUCGAGAGGAUGACAGUGUCACCACAAAGGACCUCAGUAAGGUGGGAGAUUACAGCCAGACCACGCCCUGGAUUGCAGGCUUCAUUGCCGUUGAGCUCAUUAAUUUACCAAUUUAUCAACUGUUUUUUAUUAUCUGUUAGCUAACCAAACCUCCCUUUGGUGUUCCCUCUAGCAACUCCACUCCAGUGUUCGGACUGGGAACUUGGAGACGUGCCUGAGACUAUUGUCUUUGGGAGCCCAGGCCAACUUCUUCCACCCGGUAUGUAAAUUGUCUGUAGAGAACAGUUGCCUGAAAUGUAUCAAUACAUAAUAGAAUGAUAAUGAGCCUGCACACUAUUAUACCAGUGCCCACACACAGUGUCCAGUGUGUCAUUGUAUUGGGGUGGUGUGGCCUGUCCAGUGUCUCAUUGUGUUGGCCUGGUGUGGCCUAUUUGUCCUUCAGGAAAAAGGAAACACUCCACUGCAUGUAGCAGCUAAGGCAUGCCAGGCGUCACAGGCAGAGCUGCUGGCUGUGUAUGGGGCGGAUCCCGGUGCCCUAGACACAGGGGGUAAGACCCCUAUUGACUACGCAAGGUAAAGCAGUCUUUCUACUCUUUCGUACUGCACUGGAGCAAUCCAUUACCGCUGAUGGUGACACAACUCUUUCCCAGAGUACGGUUAGUGAGGCUGCCUAGUACUUACAUUUAUUAGAAGAAUGAUGUAAAUGAUUACGGAUACUGAAUAAACUGCAACUUUACCACCUUUGGUUUUAUUGUAAAGAGGUCUUAAAAAUAUAGUGCUAUGGUUGACAUUUACAGCAAACAUAAAUUGACCUCACUGUCACUAAUAUUGAUGUGGAAAAGAACCUUUUAUUCCUGUUCCAAUCAGACAAGCAGGCCACCAGGAGCUGGCAGACAGACUGGUAGAGAUCCAGUAUGAACUCACAGACCGCCUGGCAUUUUACCUCUGUGGGAGAAGGCCAGGUAAGAGUGGAGAAGAGGCAUUGACAGGGAGAUAGUGAAUAAUUGAAGCAUGAUAUGGGCUGCAGGUAGCCUAGCGGUUAAGAGCGUUGGGCCAGUAACCGAAAGGUCACUGGUUUGAAUCCCUGAGCCGACUAUGUGAAAAAAAUCUGUUGAUGGUUUCCCCUUGAGCAAGGCACUUAACCGUAAUUCCUCCUGUAAGUCACUCUGGAUAAGAGUGUCUGCUAAAUCAGGGUUUCCCAAACUAGGUCCUGGGGCCCCCCCUGGGUCCACGUUUUGGUUUUUGACGUAGCACUACACAGCUGAUUCAAAUAAUCAAAGCUUGAUGGUGAGUUGGUUAUUUGAAUCUGCUGGGGGGGGGGGGCAGGACCAAGUUUGGGAAACUCGAUGCUAAAUGACUAAAAUGUAAAUGUCAGUCGUUCUAAUCUGACUGUGUUUGUCUACUAGAUCAUAGAAGUGGACAACACUUCAUAAUCCCACAAAUGGCUGACAGGUAAGAACUGAACCAAAUUUAAUGGCAUGCUUAUGGAGAAUGGGAAUGCUGUUCAGACGUUGGUGUUUCAGUGGCAUUUUACAAAAACCUCUUCUCAAAGUCCUGAUAAACCAGCUGUGUCUAUCCAUCCAAUGGCUUAGUAACUGACGUUAAAACGUAAUGCAUUUAUCACACCAUCCUUGUUUCUCUCUUUGCUGACAUAUCUUGAUGGAAAAGAAAUGUGUAAGUAUGUCAACUGUUGUCUAUAGUUUAUUGUCUUGAAUGUACUAUAUAAACUGAUGUGUAAUUAACAAAAAUAGAAACCCAACAUGUAAAGUGUUGGUCCCAUGUUUCAUGAGCUGAAAUAAAAGAUCCCAGAAAUUGUCCAUACUCAAAUUUUGUGCAGCAAUUUGUUUACAUACCUGUUAGUGAGCAUUUAUCCUGUACCAAGAUAAUCCAUCCACCUGACAGGUGUGGCAUAUCAAGAAGCUGAUUAAACAGCAUGAUAAUUACACAGGUGCACCUUGUGCUGGGGACAAUAAAAGGCCACUCUAAAUUGUCAGUUUUGUCACACAAGACAACAGAUGUUUUGAGGGAGUGUGCAAUUGGCAUGCUGACUGCAGGAAUGUCCACCAGAGCUGUUGCCAGAGAAUUGAAUGUUCAUUUCUCCACUAUAAGUCGCCUCCAACGUCGUUUUAGAGAAUUUGGCAGUAUGUUCAAACGGCCUCACAACCGCAGACAACGUGUAACCACACAAGCCCAGGACCACUACAUCCGGCUUCUUCACCUGCGGAAUCGUCUGAGGAGUAUUUCUACCUGUAAUAAAAGCCCUUUUGUGGGGAAAAACUCAUUCUGAUUGGCUUGGCCUGACUCACCAGGGGUGGGCCUAUGCCCUCCCAGGCCCACCCAUGGCUGCGCCCUUGCCCAGUCAUGUGAAAUCCAUAGAUUUAUUUCAAUUGACACAUUUCCUUAUAUGAACUGUAACUCAGUCAAAUAAUUGAAAUUGUUGCAUGUUGCGUUUAUAUUUUUGUAAAGUGUGUAUAUAUAUAUAUAUUUUUUUUUAUUUUGUCUACAGCAGUCUGGAUUUGUCCGACUUUGCAAAAGCUGCAAAGAAAAAACUCCAGUCUGUGAGUGACAGUAUAUAUUUUUUCCAAACAUGGUUUUAUUAUGGUCCUUUUAGACAUACCAGUGAUGUGAUUUUACUGUGGCUUGUGAUUUCAGCUCACUAACCAUCAGUUUGAAGAGCUUGCCAUGGACGUUUAUGAUGAAGUGGACAGAAGAGAAACUGAUGCCGGUGAACUGACAUUGGACGUGUUUGUAGUGUUUGAUUUCACUAGGUGUUUUAUUGAUUAUUAGUAUUUUUUUCACAAAACAAUAAUGUAUAUUUCUGUUCUGUCUUUGCUGUAUCAGUGUGGCUGGUCACUCAGAACCACAGUACUCUGGUAACAGACACAACUUUGGUGCCUUUCCUCCCUGUCAACCCUGAGUACUCAUCCACCAGGAACCAGGCAAGUCACCUAAAAAUGUCUUUCAAUGUAAUGUCAAAUUGGUUGGUCUCUUUCCCGAGCCUUUAGGUAAAUGUUAUGCAUUUGAUUGAAGAGCCUACACUUCCCGCACUGCUGCUUCAUAAUGUUGUCUUGUGGUCAUUUGUUUUUCAGGGCAGACAGAAGCUAGCAAGGUUCAAUGCACAUGAAUUUGCAACACUCGUCAUUGAUAUUUUAACUGAUGCCAAACGUCGGCAACGGGGGAACUCCUGUGAAAGUCCCAGAGGUAUAGUACAGUAAUCUGAAGCUACAUUUAUUCAAAUAUGGUAUUUAUGAUUUGAUCCAGCACCUGAUUAGAACAAAGCUCAUUACUGUACCCACCAGGGCAUGGUUGUUGCGUGGUCCACUCCCCUGACUGUUGCUCUCUCUCCUCAGAGGACAUAGAGCUCAUCCUGAAGGGAAUCGGCAGCCGUCAUGGGAGUGAGAACCAGGAUAAUGAAGACCAGCCAGAUUAUGACAGUGUGGCGUCGGAUGAAGAUCCAGAGCGGGAACCAGCCUCUGGGAAGAAUGGGAAAGAUCACAGGACCAAGGUAACACCAUAUUUGUAUUUUUUUAGUUUAGUUUUUCAUUACCAUUAAUAUUGUAACGGCAUAGCCAUUAAACUCUCCGUUCCACCAUGCUUCAGAGCUCAGAGUCGUCUGACCUAUCUGAUGGACCCAUCACAGUACAGGAGUUCAUGGAGGUGAAGAGCGCCCUCACGGCCUCCGAGGCAAAGAUACAGCAGCUGCUCAAGGUCAAUUGUCACCUGAGUGAGGAGAUCCGGAUGAUGCAGAGCAAGGUACAUUUAUGACUUGGGUAUUAUAACAACUAACUGUUCCCACAGUAAGUCUAGUGGCUUUGUGCUGAUGCAGAUGUUUGCAGUCCCAUGAGAGAGAGAGAAAGAACAAGGACUGCUCCCUUGUUGUGUUGGUCCUUCUCAUGUUUCUCAUGUUGUCAGUGCAAAAAAGGGUAACCUGUUUUACAGCAUUUUAGAACUGGAUGUGCUUGGGUGGGGACACAUUCAGAUUGUAACAUUGUACAUGACGUGAACAUUUAGCUCAUUCAAGGAAGCAGCUGAUUUGUUGUUUUCUCAUGAGUAAUUGAGAACAAUAGUCUUGGAGUAUCCUUCAUGACCAGACCAGGGCUAUUGACAGAAAAGGAAGUGAAAACACAGUGGAAGGUAGGGCUGACUCCAUUUAGUAGACUGGUCGAUUGUUUUGUCUGUAGGCUGUUCGUCGACCGAGAUUUCUUUAGAAAGUCUGUGGUCCUGAGCACUUUGGAGCAGGUUUUCAUCAAGGAUCUCUCUGUACUUUGCUCCGUUCAUCUUUCCCUCGAUCCUGACUAGUGCCCCACUCCCUGCCGCUGAAAGACAUCCCCACACCAUGCUUCACCGUAGGGAUGGUGCUAGGUUUCCUCCAGACGUGACACUUUGCAUUCAGGCCAAAGAGUUCAGUCUUGGUUUCAUCAGACCAGAGAAUCUUGUUUCUCAUGGUCUGAGAGUCUUUAGGUGCCUUUUGGCAAACUCCAAGCGGGCUGUCAUGUGCCUUUUACUGAGGAGUGGCUUCCGUCUGGCCACUCUACCAUAAAGGCCUGAUUGGUGGAGUGCUGCAGAGAUGGUUGUCCUUCUGGAAGGUUCUCCCAUCUCCACAGAGGAACUCUGGAGCUCUGUCAGAGUGAUCAUCGGAUUCUUGGUCACCUCCCUGACCAAGGCCCUUGUCCCCUGAUUGCUCAGUUUGGCCAGGCGGCCAGCUCUAGGAAGAGGCUUGGUGGUUCCAAACUUCUUCCAUUUAAGAAUGAUGGAGGCCACUGCGUUCUUGGGGACCUUCAAUGCUGCAGAAAUGUUUUGGUACCCUUCCCCAGAUCUGUGCCUCGACACAAUCCUGUCUCGGAGCUCUACGGACAAUUCCUUCGACCUCAUGGCUUGGUUUUUGCUCUGACAUGCACUGUCAACUGUGGGACCUUAUAUAGACAGUUGUGUGCCUUUUCUAAAUCAUGUCCAAUCAAUUGAAUUUACCACAGGUGGACUCCAAUCAAGUUGUAGAAACAUCUCAAGGAUGAUCAAUGAAAACAGGAUGCACCUGAGCUCAAUUUCGAGUCUCAUAGCAAAGGGUUUGAAUACUUAUGGAAAUAAGGUAUUUCUGUUAAAAAUAUAUAUAUAUAUACAUUUGCAACAAUUUCUAAAAACCUGUUUUUGCUUUGUCAUUAUGGGGUAUUAUGUGUAGAUUGAGGGAAAACAAUAAUUGUAUCCAUUUUAGAAUAAGGCUGUAACGUAACAAAAUGUGGAAAAAUUCAAGGGGUUUGAAUACUUUCCGAAUGCACUGUAUAUUAUGGUACACGAGACACCUGUCUCAUUCACACCUGUCUGAUUCACACCUGUCUGAUUCACACCUGUCUCAGUAGACAAAUCCAUUGUGGAGGCUGCGGGGAUGGCUCACCAGUAGUACAUUUACCAUUCAUUCCCAUCAUUUCUAAUCUACAAUGUUUGUUUGGUUAUGGAUUUUUUUUUAUGCAUUCAAUUUAUUAUUAUUAUUAUUAUUAUUAUUAUUAUUACUACAGUCUUAUACCGUUCUCAUUGUCGGAAUGGACACGUUGUUUGCGGACCGCACAACCUAGGCUACACUUGUGAGGGGAAAGUUUUGGUUUAUUUCAUUCCAUUUACGAGUUGUCAAUUUAUUAAUUGUCUUUUGUUUGUAGCGCCCCUGUCAAUGUUGAGUAAGGACGCGCAUCUGAUUAUGCAUAGGAGUACGCUUAGGCUACCUGGCCUGCGUGCAAAUGUAGGCCUAUAAAUGUGCCCGUUUGCGGAACUGAUCGUUUUUCUGUUCUAUAUCGUGGAGCUCCGCCCCAUAGGGGAGCUCUGCUCCUAUUGGUUUACCCCGCUGCCUAGGCAGCGAACAGCCUGAGACAAAAUUAUGCACACACCUGCAGCCAAUAGGAGUACAUUGUCGACGUGAUUCAUGAUGAUGACUGCUUGUCUAGCUUGCUAGCUAAGAUUGUGAAGUAUGAAGAGCACGGACUUGAACCCGAUCGAACAUCUCUGGAGAGACCUGAAAGCCGCCAAGAGGAACAGUGACAUUGAGCUCUGAAAAUAGCUUUUGGGGGUGGAAAGUCUCAGGGUGUGCUCAUUUUAGUUAUGUUUUGUGUGUUUAGGGUCACAGCACGCCAGGGACGGCCUCAUGAAUCCCCCACUAUGCGCCAGCUGCGCCCUCCUUUCUUUGAAGGAGAGGAAGCAGCGUUUGGCAUUUUUUAGGGAGGAUAUUCCUCUUGAGGAUAUGCUAUCAGUGUUAGCCUCAGCUUCUGAGGCAUCAUCUGAGGGCGCUGACUCAGGAGAUGACAGGGGUAUUGGGGAGGAAAUUGAUAUUCUAUUGGAACAAUCCAUUACACUGACCCAGACGUUUAACACCCCUUUUUCCCUCAGGAAAGUGAGGUCAUUUACAUCACUGGGUGAUGAUGCCACAGCCUCUCUGCGCUCUGAUUUUCCAUGGCUCAUUGAGAGGACUGCUAAACGGCUGGAGAUGAAGCUGCCCCCCAUUCCCUCAACCCGGAAGUGGACAUGAUGGAGGGCGGCCCUUACUCUCGCUACUGCUUGCCGUUGUGCCCGGCGUCAGACGGCGGCCUCCAGCAGCAAGGGAGUGGGCCGCGCCCCUCCUGCAGCGCCAGAGGUGCCGACCAUUCCGCCGGCGAGAGAGGACAUUAAAGUGUCAUCCUGGAAUCACCCGAAGGGCGGCCAGAAGAGAGGCCGUUUAUGACAUGGCGAGGGGGAGAGAACGGAAGACGGCGCAGGCCUUGUGUGACUGUGCCCACUGCCCCCCCCCCCCACCCUACUGUUGAGGGUAUGGAGGAAACUGCAUGUUGUGUGUCUAAUAAAGAGUUGGCUCCAAUUGACUUUUGUCACAAGAGAGCCCCUUUUCCAUGAUACACACAAGACCGUUCAGGUGCCUUUACUCUCUCUCUCUCUCUCUCUCUCUCUCUCUCUCUCCUCCUCACCACUCUGAGUGUAGCACAGCCGGGUGCGUAGCUGAGAAUACACAUGAGGCAGGUGUGAAUAAGGGAACAAGGCAGACAUCUUUGAUGAGCCGCUUUGUUAUACCUCAUAAAAUCCUUACACCACAGACUGCUAGGAGUGUUGUGGUACAGGUUUCACAUAGUAGCCUGCAUACACAGCCAGUUACUGGAACGAUAACGCAAUCGCUAUUGGGAGACGGCGCUCUGACUCAGGCGAGCGCCUCAGUCAGUGCAGUUCAGACCCGUGCUGCGUUCACGGUGGGCUGGGACAACGAGGUUACGAGUAUAACCAACGUGUCGGCGCUCCCGUUUCUCUCAGAACGCGCUCAUGUUUCCUCUCGCUUUCAUGGGAGGCCCGCCUUGAGCUGUUCCACCACUUCAUUGUCGGGGAACAGCGGCGGCGAGGGCCGUAGAGGAAUACAGGUCCUUCCUACUGAAUGCACCACAUCCCCGGGAGAAAAGGAACAGGGGGCUAUAUUCGCCCUAUUUUCCUGGUGCCCAAAAAGAUGGGGGGAAUGAGGCCAAUAUUGGAUCUACGCGUUCACAACGAGAGCUUAGCCAAACGGCCCUUCCAAAUGCUAACGACAAAACGUCUACUGGAAUGUGUCCAGAAGGGAGACUUUUGUACGAGCAUAGACCUAAAGGACGCGUACUUUCAUGUGCCGGUACAGCCGCGUCACAGGAAGUUUCUGCGUUUCGCCAUUCAAGGGGUGGCGUACGAGUUAACGAGGAUGCCAUUCGGGUACGCCCUGGCACCUCGCACGUUUUCCAAAUGUGUGGAGGCGGCAAUAGAACCGUUGCGUCGUCAGGGAAUAAGGCUACUAGCCUACCUAGACGACUUACUGGUUCUCGCCCCGUCAGCAGAGCUGGCGUUCACUCACACGACACAGUGAUUCAUCUCACGCGUCUGGGGUUCGCUGUGAAUUGGAAAAAGAGCGCGCCCUGGCCCAGUCAUCAGAUUGUCUAUCUAGGGAUACAGCUAGACACUGUAACGAUGAGGGCUCGAAUUUCGGAUCCUCGACGGGCUGCCCUGUUGCUAGCCCUACGAAGGUUUUAUCCGAAUCACACGGUAAAGGCACUUUCGGUCAUGUCACUCUUGGGUCUCAUGUCGUCGGCCCAUUCCGUGGUUCCGCUGGGACUUAUGCCAGUAAAUGGAAUGUUUUUUCACAGUGUUGUCACAGAAAAUGUGGACUACGUGUGCUGUCAGGUCGAGAGCAUACUCUUAUUCCUACAGUUCCUAUGUGAUAAGCAGCGCUCAUCCGCCACCAUGUAGGUGCUUGCGGUGGCGAUUUAGGCUUGUCAUGCGGGUUUGGCAGAGACACUGUUCUCAGCCACCCUCUUGUGAAACGUUUUCCUUUUGGGAACGCGGCGGCUUAGGCCAAUGCCUAGAGCAACGCUUCCUCAGUGGGAUUUGACUUUGGUACUCGAAGCGCUCUGCGAGCCACCGUUCGAACCAUUGAAUCAAAUCCCCCUUAAGAUGUUAUAUUUGAAGACGACACUGUUGCUCGCUUUGACCACUGCUAAACGUGUAAGUGAUUUGUGAGCUCUUUCGACAAGACCCUACUGCCUUGCCAUUUAUGGCGAUUGAGCAGGACGGUGUUAAGUCUUAACCCGGCAUUUAUGCCUGAGGUUAUUAAGAGCUUAUAUAUAUUACAGAUCGUAGAGCUGUGGGCCUUCUCUCCCUCUCACCAUGUUGAGAGGAGAUAGGAACGGCUCUAUCGCCUGUGCCCAGUGCGCUACGUGGAGCGCAAGGCGGCGAUUAUAUCAUCGCCUCAGCUGUUUUGUGUGUCACGGUGCGGCGGCACUCCGUAGACCACUUUCUAAACAGAGUCUGUCUCAUUGGCUUUGUAAGGCAUUGAGACGGCUUAUGAGGCUGCAGGGCGGCCAUUGCCUCUGGGUAGAAGAGCCCAAUCCACUCGUGGAGUAGCGGCUUCUAUUACCUUUUUCAGAGGAACAUGUGUAGAGGAUAAUUGCGCAGCUGCGUCUUGAUCGUCACCGUCUUAUCAAUUUCUACCUGUUAGAUAUGUCUUCUAACUCUCUGGUUCAGUCUGUACUCAGUGUAUCUGAUGUAAGGACUUGAACUAAGAGAAAAAAGAUGCAGGACCAGGGGGCUGGGUUCCCAUUAGGUCAGCUUUUUUUCUAUGAGAGAGACAUGAUUCCUGACUGAGGUUAUCAGUACAGUAGAGGUAAUGUAUUUUGACCUGCCCACCAGUGUAUAACUGUGUUGGGGCUGGAGGAUGAGGGAAAUAGUUUUUUGUAACCUUGUAUUAUAUUACUAUUAAACCAAUCUUAAAAUAACAUUAGAGCAUUAUUACUGUCUGAGGGUUCAGUGCAGUGUUUGCUCAUGUUUUUGUAUAUUCCUUUACCUAUCAAUCAUUGGAUUGAAGGUGGUGAAUUGCUGAAUACACAAGUUAUGAUAGCACCUUGGGUUAUAUAACUGUUGUGAUGGAGAGGACAUCAUAUUGUUCCCUCUGCCCACUAGUCUCUGGUUAGCCUUAGACUGAGUGAGGCGGAUUUACUGAUAACACGGUCUAGGGCGACACCUUGUGAUGCCUCACUGUGAGAUCAGUUGUGUGGGAAUAUGGAGAUACAGACUGUCUGAGGGAUCAGAACAGUGUGGUUUUAUGUCCUGUUAUCUGCCCGCUAGCCUUUGGGUUAUUCCUUAGGCUGGCUGCGGCUGUUUUACUGACGACACGGUGGGGGGCGACACUUUGUGUCGCAUCACUGUUGAGCGUCAGUUAUUAAAGGAAUAUUAGAGCGGUAACUGUCUGCUUGUGCAGUUCAGUUGAGCUCAAGUAUUACGUUCCUGCCCACUAGUCUUUGGUUUCCUUGGACUAGGGACGGCGGGUUACUGAAGAUAGUGUUCAGCGACACUUUGUGUUGCGACACUGUAGUACCAGUAGUUAUAGGGAUAUUAGAGCAUUAACUGUCUGCUUUGUUCAGUUUAGUUUUUAGCUCAUGUCCUCAAUUCUGGAUAUGUCUUAACUCUCCCGUUCAGUUUGUACUCAGCGUAGCUGAUGGGAAGACUUGAACUAGGAGAAAAUAAUGCAGAACUGAAGGGGCUGGUCUCCAUCAGGUCCGCUCUUUUCUAGGAGAGAGACAUAUAUGGCAUAACUCCUGACUGACGUGUUCAGUACAGUAGAAGGCAUGUUAUUGAUCUGCCCACCAGUGCAUAACUGGGUUGGGGCGGAAUGAUGAGGGAAAUAGUGUUUGUAACUUUGUUUACAUUACUAUUAGACCGGUCAUAUAAUAUUGACGGAAUUGUGAUGUCAUCUAUCUGCUUGUUCAGAUUAGUAUGACUCAUGUUCUGGAGUCUACCCACUAAUCUUUGGGGAUCCAUAGAUUGAGUGUGGUGGAUUACCGAAUACACAGUGUAGAGUGACACUUUGUGUCAUUCCAUUAGUGAUUUGGUUUUGUUUAACAGGAUAUUGAGGCACCAUCUAUCUGCUGGUUCAGAUUAGUAUGGCUCAUAUUCUGGUUAUCUGCCCACUAGACAUUGGCAAUGCCAUUGGACUAGGUGGGGCGGAUUUGUACAGAGGACACAGUAUAUUGUGACACAGUGUGUCACAGUACUGUGGGACUUGGUCGCAGCCAUUGCUAGGCCCGACCUUUUCAUUUAAGUGGGAAGUGUUGGGCUCGGCAGGGAGUAAAUUUUGGAGCGUUGCGCUCCACCUUAAACCAAUAGGAGCAGACCUCCCCUAUGGGGCGGAGCUCCAUGAUAUAGAACGAUAGUUACCGGAGUUGUAACUCCAGUUCUAUGAGUGGAGCGGAACCCCAUAGGACUUAAGGCCCUGCCCGACCCCCUCUCGGGAGGCUGAUUGAGGGGAAGCGUCCCCUCUUAUAGGGACACCUGUACUCCUAUUGGCUGCAGGUGUGUGCAUAAUUUUGUCUCAGGCUGUUCGCUGCCUUGGCAGCGGGGUAAACCAAUAGGAGCAGAGCUCCCCUAUGGGGCUCCGCUCCACUCAUAGAACUGGAGUUAGAACUCCGGUAACUAUCGAUUUCUUAACUCACCACCACUGUGGAGCUUCUCAAAGUAAUUUUUUCUUCACCUCAAACAGCAAGUAAAUGAAGUCUGUUUUUACAUCAAUUGAGAAUGACAAUAGUUCCUCAACGUAGCCUAUUUGAAAAAUCUUUACAGCUCUCUUUCGAUAUCCACUCGGCGUGAAAGGGGAAAAACAUGUAAUGCUCUGAUCUGGUGGAAAUGUCAUAAAAUAGGCCUACCUGAUUACAUCUUAUCUCUUGCGCAAAUAGCCUACAGCUAUGUCUGAGUCACUGACAUGGGAAACUCUGAGGGCCCAGAAUAUUUUAUACAAUGUUGCAAGUUUUCUAGUGCAAGCUUCAGGCUGGACCCAAGUUAAUAGUUGAUACAAUGUUUCAAGUUUCUUGCAGGCAGGCCAUGCGUAGCCAAUGGGAUUUAUAGGAUAUUAAUUUUUUUCACGAUAUUUUCUACCUGCAGGCUGCAGUGUUUUUAUUUGUUGGCUUUAUGGAGGCUAUUUUUACAUAGUUGGCAAUACAAGUUACUUUUAGAAUUUUUAUUAACCACAUGAUAAUGAUUUUGAGAUACGAAUACUUUAUUAUAAAUGAAAUUAAACUGUUCCAUGAAAAUGUGCAAAUGAAAAUCAUAACUGGCACGCAGAUCGGUAGAAAUAGUAAGAUAAAUUGGUACUCCAAAUAGAAAAGGUUGACAACCCCUGGUGGAGCCUAUUACCUACAGGCAACUUCAGGAGCUUAAUGGCAGAAUCUGCGAAGGCCAGCAGCAGCUGGAGGAUGGUUGGGAACAGGUGUUUUUUUUCCCUCUGGUUAGGCUAUCUUGAUCUCUGGCUCCCUCUUGAGUCAUUUUUGUGUCAUAAUGAUUUAAUCACAGUGUGCUUAAAGCAUCAGACAAGCUCAGUAGCCUACAUAUAGUUGAUUUUAUUAAAACACACGCAUUUUACAAGUUCGAUCAAUCGAUUGAUCGAAAGAACAGACUACUCUAGGUCGACCAAGAUUAUUUUCUAGUCGGGGACAGCCCUAGUGGAAGUGCAGCUGCGCUCUCUGGCCAUGGCUUCCCUUUUUCUACAGAGAUGGGUUCCCCUUUUCUACAGAGAUGUGUUCCCUUUUUUUACAGUCUGGAUGGAGAGAUUUGUCUCUCUCUAAGCCUGCACUGAUACUCUCACACCUCCAUGUUAUGGUCACCCUAGGUUUCACCCAUAGGCCCUUUAUUUAGGAUAUUACACAGAAAUAAAGCUGACGUUCUGAACUGUUUUCCCCUCCAGCUGAACUCCCUGCAGACUGAGAACUCCUCCCUGCAAUGGAAGGCCCCCAGGGGCCCGCAGCACCCUCCGGACCCCUCCAGCCGCCCCCCUGUCCACGGAGGCCGCCCCAUGUCCAUGUACGAGACAGGCUCGGGGAUGAGGCAGUACCCCCACAGGGGCGACCCUCCUCGCCGUGACGACCGUCUCACCUUACAGCCCCUCCCUACAAAUGUAAGUACAGAAAUCACUCACACCGAUCCCUCCUGGACUGUUUUAUGACCGUCACCGUGGACUGGUGCUGUCAGCAAUUUUGGUUUGCGGUAAUUCCGUUUUUGUUUGUGCAUUUAUCCUCUCCCCCCUCCUCCUCUAGAAUAUAGUCGACUCCUUUUAUGUGUAAACUUGGUUUGACCCCCUUCUAGAUUGGGAGGGGUCCUUUGGGGACCGCCUCAUCCUCCCUCCCUACCUUCCCCUCUUCCCUGUCCUGGUCGCGGGAUGAAAGAGCUCGAAGGGUUAAGUACCGAAUCUCCCCUCGAGAGGGUGGGGGCAGCAGCCCCAUGGGAAGGGGUGGACUAUCCCCUCUGCUUGUCCACUACUGUUCCUGUCCUCCUGUACCUCCUCCUUACCUCUGUCCUUUAACUGCUCCUGUACCUCACUACAUCUCCGCUCAGCAUCGCAUGGCUGUCUGGCUGCAUACACCACUGUGCUGCUGCUGUUCUUCAUUGACCCUUAUUCCCCCAGCCAGCACUGCCUUGUAGAGUACCUGAAAAACUUUUUUUAUUUACUAAAAUAAGCUGAAGUAAAAAAAAUAAAAGAACCAUCUGUACUGAAGCCUUUACCCGUACAGCAGAAUUCAUUGAUCUUAAUCUUGCACUAACAGCACCUACUGCUUAAUGCCACACGGCGCUGGUCCCUGGUUUCAAACUUCCUACCUCUUUUUACUCUCUGCUUUGAAACCAGUUGAGGUCUGUUUAAUAUGAAAUUGCUUUUUAGGUUCAGAGAGCAUGAUUCUGACGCGUAUGCUUCAUCAAGCACGUUCAGACCUCUGUAACAUGUCUGUGCUGCUGUUCAGAUGCUUUCACCAGAUUCAACGGUUGUCUGCAAACUGAACUAAGAGAUGACACACAUCUUACUGUAUCAUUCAUCCCAUUGUAGGGUUGCAGCCUAGAGGGACAGAGCAUGCUGGAGAGUGACUAUGACAACACACCAAACCACUCAGAACUGGAGGAGUCCGGGUAGGACUUUUGAUUAAAAUCUCUAUAGUAGAAAGAUAUUAUAUAUUUUAGAAAAAUGUAGGCACUUAGUCAUGUGGCAGUCGCUCCUAUACAAAGCGAUCCACAAGUGAGGGAGAGCCUAACACUGGAACCUCUCCUCUCCCCAUGCAGUCUGGGCAGGAACAGCAAUUGGCUGGGGGAUGGCAGUACAUCAGAUCAGGGGGAGGAUGAGACUGAGGCUGACUCCACCCUACCCUUCACCGAGGACGUCAUCUGUAAGACGGAGCAGAUCACCAAGAACAUCCAGGAGCUGCUGAGGGCCGCACAGGAGAACAAACAUGAGAGGUAAGGUCAGGGGUCAUAAGAACACAGAAAACACCAAUCAGCAGUUAGAGAAAAGGUCUGUUGACUAAAAGGUUGUGUGUUCAUGUGGAACUUGCCCUUCCAGUUCUAAAUAUAGGAAAUUAGGCUGUCCAUAUAUUGUUCCUUCAUCCAACCUUCCAGCACCUGUCCUUCACCCUACUACAGUAAUUGUUUUUUAGAGGAUGUAUCUUGUUUUUCUAUCUUUCUGUUCUCCUCCUGAGUUCUGUUUUCAUUGUCCUGUAUUCCCACUCUGUCCUCCCCUCCCUGUGUUUUCCUGUCUGUCUGACUUCCUUCCUUACGGUGUGGGCUAGCUCCAGGCCAGGCAGUCUAGGCUGCUUCUCUGGCCUGCUGCCCUGCUGUGAGGGGGGCGGCCGCGGACGGGCCUGUCUCUACAGCCUGGUGCCCUGCUCUGACAGGGCUGUCUCUCUACCCUGCUGCCCUGCUCUGAGAGAGCUGAAGUCGCCCCGGCCUCCUCUCUCCAGGCCCCUGGUACUCUGGCCUCUGUCCCUGUCUCCCAGGCACUGUCACUGUCUCCUCUGUCUGUGUGCUGAGGGGCGGGGCUUGUGUCAAACGCAGCUGGCAAGAAACAAAGAGGAUAAUGUGUCAGAUUCCCUUAUGGAAUGCCAAAUAUAGGCCUACAGGGCUUUUAUAUGUCAACACACAGGCUAUCCUUAUCUAUAUUUGUCUGUGUUUGGUUAAUAUUUGUGCUCUCAAGCGUUAUCUUGGAUUUCUUUUCUACGUUUUUGGAUUAAAUACAGAGACAUAUUCACACUGGCAUUCAUUUAGUGUUUAUACAGUCCACUUGAUUUUGUUGUCUUUAACACAAACCCUCACUAUUGGCCGCCAAUUGACUAGAGCUGUGUGGUAUUUGCUUAGCUUUUGCGCUUGUGUACCAAACCUCACUCCAGCUGGUGACCAAAGAACACUGCUGAAGAAUUUCACCCUGCCAAUUUGUAUGCGUCUUCUCAGUCACUUAGCUACUGGGUUAUAACAGAGGCAUUGUUAUUGAUUUGAAACAGUGGAAAGUUAUGAUGUAUUCCGUUAUCUGAUUUUUAAGCCAUGUGGGGUUUUUUUUGUUUAAAAAAAAAACUUUGUUGAUGAUAUUGUCAUGGCUUAACAGCCUCCACUACAUUAUGUUGUCUACGGAAUAAUACAGUACAUGUGUUCAGUUUACUCAAAUGGAGCACAUGGUUGCUGUUAAUGAACACACUGAGAAUUCAGUAUAUUCUCUAUUUUGUCUGCUUCACUGUGGACAACCGUUAGCCAGGGCUUCUCAUUCUCUCAAAUAAAGCUCCACCAGGAUAUCGCUGGCUGACUUUGCUCUUUUGAGAGGUGUUUCAUGUAGGAAGGGAGUCAAGGGCUUGGCAAGCUUCUGUAAACAUUCCUAAGUAUUCUACAUAUUUGUUUAACAAUGUUAUUGAAAAAAAAAACAGGGCCGGAGUUUUCUACUAACAUAUAUGUUGGGAAAAGGAUCACUCCCUUACUUGACGUUUUCUUCCUCCUCCCCCCUCAGCUUUGUACCAUGCUCAGAAAGGAUCCAUGUGGCUGUGAGGGAGAUGGCCACUCUGUUUCCUAAGGUAAGCUGGGAUGACCUCCAUCAACAGAGACUCCUCCUUUGUAUGCAAGAGCCAGUGAGGGUUUGUUUGGUAAACAUGGAUGGGAAAUAAAUGUCUUGCAGCUGGUGUUCUGUUGUUAGAUGAUGCACUCUUUCUUCAGGAUGGAGAGAAUUUAACACACACACACACACAAUGGCAGUUAAUCCGCCCCUUACACUCCAAUGUUAAGUGGACCGUUUAUUGCCUAUGUUUUGCCAACAGUAUGUUACCCUUCCCUGCCUCUUCUCUCUCCUCCUCAGAGGCCGUACUCUGACACAGUGCGAGGGUCCCUGCGGCUGCUCACCUCCAGUGCCAGCCGGCUCCAGGGGGAGUGCCAGAAGGCCACGCCCCACGACCCUUGCCCCUCCGACAUGCAGCUGGUCACGCAGCAGGUCAUCCAGUGCGCCUACGACAUCGCCAAGGCUGCCAAGCAACUCGUCACUGUGACAACCAAAGAAAACAGCAACUGA